AUGAUGCUUUCAUUUUACCUAUUGACUACUACUACUACUACUACUACUACUACUACUACUACUACUACUACUACUACUACUACUACUACUACUACUACUACUACUACUACUACUACUACUACUACUACUACUACUACUACUACUACUACUACUACUACUACUACUACUACUACUACUACUACUACUACUACUACUACUACUACUACUACUACUACUACUACUACUACUACUACUACUACUACUACUACUACUACUACUACUACUACUACUACUACUACUACUACUACUACUACUACUACUACUACUACUACUACUACUACUACUACUACUACUACUACUACUACUACUACUACUACUACUACUACUACUACUACUACUACUACUACUACUACUACUACUACUACUACUACUACUACUACUACUACUACUACUACUACUACUACUACUACUACUACUACUACUACUACUACUACUACUACUACUACUACUACUACUACUACUACUACUACUACUACUACUACUACUACUACUACUACUACUACUACUACUACUACUACUACUACUACUACUACUACUACUACUACUACUACUACUACUACUACUACUACUACUACUACUACUACUACUACUACUACUACUACUACUACUACUACUACUACUACUACUACUACUACUACUACUACUACUACUACUACUACUACUACUACUACUACUACUACUACUACUACUACUACUACUACUACUACUACUACUACUACUAUACGAUUUACUAUUCUUGGGAUAUUCACAAUAUAA